UUGGUUUGCAUAAUGGGUUGUCCCGAGUGCAUAUAAGGGCUGCAGCAGAAGCGCCGGACCGGCACACAGUGCGCAGCGGAGGUGUAAGACAGAGGUCUGUACCGGACAUCAGUGAUACCGCAACAUGGCCACCAACGAUUACUCCCAGCAAGCUAGCCAAGGGUAUGGGGCAUAUCCCUCCCAGCCAAGCCAGGGUUAUGGUCAGCAGCAGGGCAGCCAGACCUACGGCCAGCAAGGUUACAGUGGCUACAGCCAAUCUGCAGGUGGCUCCUCGUAUGGACAGAGUGGCUACAGCUCUGCGUAUGGUCAAGAUCAGAGCUCUGGGUAUAGUUCUCAGUCAGCUCCACAACAAGGGUAUGGAUCUGGAAGUUAUGGAAACUCCCAAUCAUCUCAGUCCUCUUAUGGCAGCGGGCAGCCACAGCAGCCGUCCUCUUAUUCUAGCUACUCGCAGCAGCCUCCAGCCAGUAGCAACACAGGAAGUUAUGGUGGGAGCUCCCAGUCCCCUUCCUACCAGCAGCAACAAAGUGGUGGAUAUGGACAGCAGGCAAGUGGGGGUUAUGGAAGCCAGCAGAGCAGCUAUGGAGGUCAACAACAAUCCAGUUAUGGGAGCCAGCAGGGCCAGAGUAGCUACGGCAGUCAGCAGCAGCAGCCAAGCUCUUAUGGACAGCAGCAAUCAAGCUACAACCAGCCUCAGGGCUAUAGCCAGCAGCAAACACAAUAUAGUGGCGGUGGAGGUGAGGUAUCAAAAACUGGUGGAUAUAAUCAGGACUCUCCUUCCAUGGGCAGCGGAAGCUAUGGUGGUGGAUCUGAUCAGGGUGGCUAUGGAGGGCAAGACAGCAGAGGCGGCAGGGGACGCGGAGGAUUUGGUGGGCGAGGAGGAGGCGGCUUUGACAGCCGUGGGAGGGGCACCCGCGGUGGCAGAGGAGGCAUGGGCGGUGGUGAACGGGGAGGAUUCAGUAAAUUUGGUGGACCACAUGAAGGUGGCGGACCCCCCAGAAAUGAAAUGGCUGAACAAGACAACUCUGACAACAACACAAUCUUUGUGCAAGGACUUGGAGAGAAUGUUACAGUUGAGUCAGUUGCGGACUACUUCAAACAGAUUGGCAUCAUCAAGAUAAACAAGAAGACUGGGCAGCCAAUGAUCAACCUAUAUACAGACCGUGAAACUGGCAAACUGAAAGGAGAAGCCACAGUUUCCUUUGAUGACCCUCCAUCUGCCAAGGCCGCUAUUGAUUGGUUUGACGGCAAAGAGUUCUCAGGAAAUCCGAUUAAAGUGUCAUUUGCCACAAGACGAGCCGAUUUCAAUAGCCGAGGCGGUGGCAAUGGAAGAGGCAGAGGACGUGGUGGACCCAUGGGACGCGGUGGAUUUGGAGGGCCCCCUGGAGGAAGCAGCAGCCGGGGAGGUAGUGGUGGAUACCCAAGUGGUGGAGGAGGCCAACAACGAGCUGGAGACUGGAAAUGCCCCAACCCGGGCUGUGAGAACAUGAACUUCUCUUGGAGAAAUGAGUGUAACCAGUGUAAGGCUCCUAAACCUGAAGGUCCUGGUGGUCCAGGCGGCUCCAGCAUGGGUGGUGGUUUUGGAGACGAAAGAAGAGGUGGCCGUGGGGGCUUUGAUCGUGGGGGCUUCAGAGGUAGGGGAGGUGACAGGGGUGGCUUUAGAGGCGGCCGAGGUGGAGAUCGUGGAGGAUUUGGCCCAGGGAAAAUGGAUUCCAGGGGAGAUAGGCAAGACAGAAGGGACAGGCCUUAUUAGCUGGGACCAGCUCGAUAUUUCUACAGUUUCUUAUGUUUUAUUUUGUAUGUCAGGAUGAGUCCUAUGGAUUCUUUCUGAAUAUGCUGAAUUUGUGUACACUUUGUAUUACCUCCGCUGUGCGCCUGUGAAUUUUAACAGUAUUUGUAAAUUCCUUACCCAUUAAACAAAUUACCUUU